AUGGGCAAGCCGAAAGGCAAAGGCCCGAGAUUGCCGAGCAAUGAAAACUUGCACGACAUGACUGCUGAGGCCCUUUCCGCUCCGAGGCCUGGAAGUCCGCUGAGAGCUGCCGACGGCCACAACGUCGACGGCUGGGCAGAUGAUGACAUCAAAACUUAUAACGAACUUCUCACCGAAAGAGCAAAAUUGGAAAAGGAAAAGAACGAACUGGAACAUAAAUCUUCCCGACACCAGACCCAGAGGGCGCUCCUUGAUGAGAACGCAACAGCGCUGGAUAGUCUCUUCAAAGCCCACCUAGGAGGUGAUUUCAAGUUCACCGGCAGGGGGAAAUGUUGCCUGGACUUUGAUGAAACAUGUGGUGAGGCAGCUGGGAAGAAUGAUUUUCCCUGCAAGCAUGAACUAUGCACGCGGGCAAAGACCAAGGGCGUGUCAUGGAUGGAGAUGGACACGAUCAAGUACUACCAUGCAAGAAUCGUGUCGGAGAAAUCGCAGCGAAUGCAGAGCGCACUGCGAAAACAGAGGGAUGUCGAGUUGCUUCGUGUCAAGAAAGACGACGAAGAAGAGGCAGCAUUGAGGGCUCGGCGGAAUGCUAUCCUGGAUAAGGCGACCCGCAGCAAUCAAAUCCCUACUCAACCAAGCAAAAUCGACAAAGGGAGCACGUCGGAAAUGCCGGCUUUGGAUAUCCUGCCCAUGGCUUCGAAGGAGUUCCUGCUUGACCCCAAGAACAGUGCAAUUUUUGAGGCUGCGAAGGACAAUGAGCAUAUUGUACGGAGAAUACGAGGAAGGUUGGAUAAAAUCAGACACGAUGUGAAUGCAGGACGAGUCUCGCCAGCGGAUGCCCGCGUGAAGUUGGAUCAAGCCAAUUCAGAGAUGGCCGAAGCAGAGCGCAAGAACAACGAGUUCAGGCAGAUGAUUCUUGAUGCAGAACCUGCUCUUUCACAGCUCCAUCAUCCCACUGCCCCAGCAUCCGGCACAAGCACAACAGUCCCGGCCAAUCUCACAACAGUACUGGAAAAUACCUUGGCAUCCUCAAAUCCGGGCUCGUUUUCUCAAGCUCUGAGCGUGAUGAAGGGUUUCUUCAGUGCAUCUGAUCCUCAAGAUGUGCAAACCGCCAUCACAGAUCUGCGCAGUGUGCUCGAGCUCAAUGGGCCUAUGAGUCCCGUCCUGAAAAAGUCUUUUAAUGCUCUCGAGGAUAUGCUCUCCAAGCCUAAUGCCACCGGCUUCACAGUUGAUGUCACCACCAGCGACGGCAAGACUACAACAUGUAAUAACGUGGUAGAGGUCAUGAUGAACCUCCGGUUGAAAAUGCAGGGCUCCGAUAAACCUUCUAGCGCCGCCGAUCCUGACCUGAAUCUCGACGAAGACACGAUCAAAGCCAACUUGGAAUGCAUCAAGGUGGAAGAUGCGGCGAAGAAAGAGAUGAUCAAAAUUGCGGAAAGGAUGGCAGAUGAUACUGUGGAAAAUGUCACCACGGCGCUCAAGAAGAUCAAAGCAAAAGCGACACUGAAAUCGCCAAUUCCGCCACUGUCGGACAUCGUCCUUGAUGAUGUGAUCACCGACAUCCUUUUCCGCCGUUCGCUCAAGGCCCUAGUCGUCGAGGCUGGGGCUGGCACAAGUUCUGCGCAGCAGCUUUCCGCAAAGCUCACCACUCUCAUCGUGACUGCUGCACGAAAUAAACCCGACAAAUUUCUUCCGACGCUAAACGUGGUAAAGGCCUAUAUGAGCAUGAUGAAGAAGGAUCCGCCACAAGUUUUCCUCGAGGCCCUGUCGAAGGUGAACGACUCGAUGCCGAAAUUCGUCGCAGCACAUGAGGAGAAGCUGAAAAAGGGCGCUGCUGCACCGAAACCUGCAUCCCCAACCCCUGCAGCAGCUCUCGCCUUUCACUCACAGAGACCCGACCAUGCGGUUGCCACGAGAUUUCUGGUCGAAGGCAAGCUCGUAGCCCCGUUGGACUUGCAGGGGCUCUUCAACUUCCUGAAAACCAGCUCGGCGAAAGAUCCCAAGAAGCUCCGAGCCCGCAUUAGCGAAUACUACCAUAGGAACCUUGAAGAGGGUAUCUGGGACGUAUUGCGCAUGGUGCUGACCCAUCAGACGUCGAACAAAUUCUUCUGGAUGGAUUUCGACAAGGAGAAGAUGUUCUACACUGAGUACCUGCGACUCACCAUUGUGGCACCGCACUUGAAGCUCUCCGAUGCUCUCUUGCACUUCCAAGAGCUUGGCCUGUGUCCUGGAAGGGCUGCUAUCCUCCAAGCUCAACGGGUCACCUUGCGGUACAGGGAGAACUUCGACCUAGGUUUCCAGAUGAUGUUGGACCUGAAAACCUUCGUAGGAGUCGGGGCCGGCAACAACGAGGACUGGGUCCGUACCUUCGGGUUCGUUGCAGAAUCUGUCGCAGAUCUCUUUGGCUUGCUGAACAGCUCGUUACUAUGCCAUGCUUCCAUCGAGAUUUCUCUCAUGGCCGUCGACAUUCUAGGCUUCAUCUGCACAUUUGUGCUCGGAUCAAUGACUGGCAGCCAAGCAAAGGCGAAUUUGCGCUAUAUCGAGAAGUUCAUCUUCCACUCUCUGUUGACUGAUAUGGACAGUCGUGCUCCAAAGUACCAGCGGAUCCAGGGUGCGCUGUCUCGAUUUUAUCUCAUGUGCGAAGAUGCGUCGGCGUGCAGGUGUCUACCGGACCAUGCCUGCCAAGCGCGACUGUCGUCUUUCGCUAAGGAGAAACUGGGCUCGCUUGUGCCUGCACCACUGAAGGUGCACAAGCCCGAAAAAGAACGUCUGGAGGAUGACCCGUCUUCACCUUUGUUCCAGACGUCUUCCGGCCUGCCGCGAGAUGCCCACUUUAAACUCAUGAUUGGAGCAUACUGGGACAUGGCCCAGACACUCACGCCGCACCUGAAAUGUAUAGCAUCCAAGAAGAAGUGUAGCUGCAGCGAAGCCGACCAGGAAUUCGGCGAAGAGCUCCAAGUGCUCAAAAACAGCCUUGAUGUCGAUCUCGCGGAGCUGACUGCCAUCCAGGCCGAUGGCAAAACGCCUCCGGAAACCCUCUGGGGCAACCUCGAGAGAAGCGCCCUGCUUCUACAAGAGCGACCGUUGACCUGGCCAGGCAAUCAAAAGCGGCUGAAAGAGUUGCGCUCAAGGGCCGGAAACUCUCGUUUCGCAGAGCUUUUACCUCCUGAAGUGAAUGGUCCCAGACCACAGCCUGCAGCCCCAGAGCCUACACCGACUAACACGACAGCAGCCUCACGCCACUUUAAUUUAAAGAAAGUCCCAGUCAAUGUCCCAAGCAUUCAGAACAAUGUCUCAAGCACUGCAUCCGAGAAAGGAAAUCUCGAAAAAGAUGCAGCAGAGGUCUCUCCUCAUCAGAACGCGGGCGUAUCUCGGAUACCUGAGGGCGACAACGAAGGGCGACAAGCGGACACAGCCGCUCCUCGAUCCAACUCGGAAGAUGAAGAUAAUGUUGACUCCGAACCUUGGCCCAUGAGCGAUCGUGAACUCGAGCUCCGCGAACAACUGCUCGCGUUCACCGAUUGUGUCGAUAAAAUGCAUUCCAUUGCAAACUUCCAGCAGCCCGGACUGAAAUUCAACCAACACGUGCUCGACGGCGUGGCAUGGCAGAUCGAGGACACGCUCAUUGGACAUGUCCAGUUGGCCUUGCUCAUCGCCAAGGCACAGGAAUACCACGGAUUGAAAGCCUGGAUAGAGUACUACUACAAGAACACGAUGCCGACGCCCCUGGACGAAAGCUUCAAUGUCAACGGAGUAGGCAGCAGCGGUGCAGGUGCAGGCAUGACCGAUUCGGAGAGGCAAGCCAAGGCGGCAAUGGCACUCGAGUAUAUCGCCAAAGUGACUGAGAAGGCGAGGUCGCAAACACCGGGGCAGGCCCAGAUACAGACGCAAACGCAGACGCAGACUACGCAGAUACAGACACAACCACUGACGGGGAAGCAGAAGCAGCCUGCAGCAAGAGCGUCUCCCGCAGCAGGGACCCCAGCUUCCGCCACCGCCUCUGCCUCUGCCUCCACCUCCACCUCGGCCGUCGUCCAGCAGGCCGAGCAGGCGGUCGCGGACGUAGAGCAACUGGGCCGCAACUUCAUCCAGCAGAUGCAGAUCGUCUCUGGGCGCAAGAAGCGCAUGCCCAGGAGAAAGCGGUGA